AAAAAAACUCGUAGAUCUUAAUAUGAAUAAUAAAAUAAUGAAAAGCCCAGAAAUUUUUGUCUGGGAAAUACUGAAAGACAAUCACAGCUCAACAGCUUUUUAACUCACCUCUCACUCUCAGAUCAUUCCUGUUUCAUAUUCAUCUCUCUCCCCUCUCUCCCUCUAUAUCUCUCUCUCCCUUUUCGACUUGAGAGUUUGGGUCCUUUGGGAGAAAGAAGAAGAAGAAGAAAAAGAUUGGAUUUUGUUCACUUUAACAUCUUCAAUCUCUAAACCCACCUGAGUUUUCUCCAUUUCUCUGUUUGGUUUCUUGUCAGUUUUCAAGAAAGCGUCCAAAUCCUAGAUCCUCUGUUUUCUCUUCUCUGUUUGCUUUCAUUUUCUCUGGAUUCGGAUCUGACCACUAAAGAGAGGUUUAUCGUUUCAGACAACAAAACUCAAAGAUCGAAUCUAUCUUUUGUCCUUAGAGUCUGGAAAAAGCAGCUCUCUUUUGAUCUCCUCUUUAGAUUCUUCAAAGCUUUAGAUGCUUAUCUCUCUUUCUCUCUCAGAUUCCAUUUGAAUAAAUGCCAUUUUGACAGAUCAAAUAUCUCCCACUUUUCUCUCUCUCUCUCUCUCUCUCUCUCUCUCUGUUUGAGCUCCACCAUUAUCGAAAACUCUGUUUUUUUCUUUCUUUCUUGAUUCGAUCAACAAUCGUUGAAAACAUGAACAGAGGAAUCGAAGUUAUGUCACCAGCAACAUAUCUAGAGACAUCAAACUGGUUGUUUCAAGAAAACAGAGGAACCAAAUGGACAGCUGAAGAAAACAAGAAAUUCGAAAACGCUUUAGCCUUUUACGACAAAGAUACUCCCGACAGAUGGUCCAGAGUCGCUGCCAUGCUUCCCGGUAAAACAGUCGGAGAUGUGAUCAAACAAUACAGAGAGCUUGAGGAAGACGUUAGCGACAUCGAAGCUGGUCUUAUACCAAUCCCUGGUUACGCCUCUGAUUCAUUCACACUUGAUUGGGGUGGCUACGACGGAGCAAGCGGUAACAAUGGGUUUAACAUGAACGGUUACUACUUUUCCGCCGCCGGAGGAAAGAGAGGAUCCGCCGCACGAACGGCGGAGCAUGAGAGGAAGAAAGGUGUUCCAUGGACAGAAGAAGAACACAGACAAUUUCUGAUGGGUUUGAAGAAAUAUGGAAAAGGAGAUUGGAGAAACAUAGCUCGUAACUUUGUGACCACAAGAACGCCAACGCAAGUCGCAAGUCACGCUCAAAAGUAUUUCAUACGGCAAGUCAAUGGUGGCAAAGACAAACGCCGUUCAAGCAUCCAUGAUAUCACAACCGUCAACAUCCCCGACUCUCCUGACGCUGCAGCCGCGGAUAACGCAACCGCAAACGCACCUUGCUCGCCACCUUCCGUAGGAGGAAACCAGCGGGAGACAUCGGAGUGGGAAGGUCAAACACUAUACGAUGAAACAGCAGCUGCGUUUUAUAAUCAAAACGCGUUUUCAGAAACGCUACUUGGAAUGUCUUCGACGCCCUACAUGGCAAAACUUCAGGAGCAGAGUUUUCUGAACGCAUCGCAAUUCGAAUCGUACAAUGCGUAUCUCCAAAUGUAGCUCACAAGGUGAAGAUCUCGGAGAAGUUACGAGUUAUAUAAUCAUUAAUAAUUUUUGUUUUUUCUCUUAAUCGGCGUGCAUAUACAAAAAACAAAAUUAGCUGCUAUUUUUUUAUUACGAGAUACUUAUUUGUUGUUUUGUUUACCAUCUUUUUCCGUGGUUGAUUCAACGAGUUUUCAGCAAAUUAAUUAGGUUUUGUUAUUUUAAUUACUUGAGUGAUUUAUUUUUGUGAUUUGGAACUCUUUUGAGCUCAAAUUGCUUAUUAAUCUAUGCUGUGUCUGUCAUAUAGGCUUUCAUUACAGUAUUUUUCCUUGUUGGUGG